AUGGAUCCCUCUCUCAACCCGUCCGUUCCGCCAUGGGGUGGGUACUGCCCGUGGAACAAACUCCCACUGGAACUCAAGGACAUGAUCUACGAUAUUUCCUACGUUCCAGCGGGCAAGCUCCGCAUACUCCACAAGGAUACCUGGGCGGACCAAGAGAAGAUGCGCAACAUCUUCGAGAAGUCGAGCUUUCAAGCCAUACCAUUUCCCAAAAGCUACUUUGUGGAGCAGCUGUUCGUUUCCAAGGAGUGGUGCGCUCGAGCUCUCGAGUACGUUUAUGCCCAUGCGCACUUUAACGUCGGCGACCAGAGCACAGCACGUCACUUCCUGGACAUUAUUCCCAGGAGUGGGAUUCCGGUGCCUCGAAAAAACGCCAAGAAGAUUACCGCCAUCACUGUACUCUUCGAUAUCCCCGCCGGUCGCUUCGAUUUCCGAGACUACCGCUCCCUGCAGAAAGUCAACAUCAGAAUCUGCCCCGCGCUCUUUUUUAUGAGCCUGGGCAAGGAGAUCACGACCGAGGUUUGGAGCAAGGAUGAGUUUGUCUCAUUCCCAGAGACGGGGAAGAUCCUGCAGCAGCUCGUUGGGAUCAAAUCCAUCAGCAUGGAAGCGAUCUGGGACGACGACUAUCCCAAUAAGUUCGGCGCGUCGGAGGCUGUGUUCGAGGCAAACCUCAAGGUCUUCGAGGAGCUUGCUCGGGAGCAUUCAAAAGUGCCUCAUCCAAUCACUUCUAAGCGACAGCAUCAUUCAAGAUCGCCACCACUCUCCUCGUCGUCGUAUUCACCAACGUGGUCAUCGCCACCACUCUCACCAGCCUAUGCGCCAGAGUCCCCGUUGCCGCCAUCCACCCCAAACCAUCGGUACAUGGACGCCGCAGACGCAGACGAAGAAGACUUCUACAUGUCUCGAUCCGUACCCGCCUAUCCCGCGACGAACCUCUUCGCGUCCGCUGCCCCAGGCCCGGCGGUUCAGCCUCUCGCAGACGCCAGCAUCCCGGACAGCGUGGACGGGUUGAGACAGCUGGUGUAUCAACAGGGCCCAGAGCUUCUCGAGUGGAUUCGCGAAGCGAAGCGGGCGAAGCAGCUCCUCCUUAGCGACCACUGA